CUCCAACAGCGGCACGUCAAGGCACCUGAAAGGUUGUCCGCAUGUGGACUAUGAACUUACCUACUUCCUGGAAGCCGCCCUCCAGAGCGCUUACGUGAAGAACCUGAAGAGGGGGAACAUCGUGAAGGGCAUGCGGGAACUCCGAGAGAUUCUCCGGACCGUGGAGACCAAAGCAACGCAGAACUUCAAAGUGAUGGCUGCCAAGCACCUGGCGGGGGUCCUGCUGCACUCGCUGAGUGAGGACUGCUACUGGAACCCUCUAUCCCAUCCUCUCCCCGAGUUCAUGAGCAAGGAGGAGAAUUCUUUCGUCACCCAGGCCCUGCGGAAACCUCACCUCUAUGAAGGGGACAACCUGUAUUGCCCAAAGGACAACAUAGAGGAAGCCCUCUUGCUGCUGCUCAUCAGCGAAUCCAUGGCGACUAGAGACGUGGUUCUGAGCCGGGCCCCGGAGCAGGAAGAGGACCGGAGAGCGAGCUUGCAGAACGCCGCUGCCAUCUAUGACCUUCUGAGCAUCACGCUGGGCAGGCGGGGACAGUAUGCCAUGCUCUCUGAGUGCCUGGAACGAGCCAUGAAGUUUGCCUUUGGAGAAUUUCACCUUUGGUACCAAGUGGCCCUCUCCAUGAUGGCUUGUGGGAAGUCUGCCUACGCCGUGUCGCUGCUGCGUGAGUGCAUGAAGCUGCGGCCCUCUGAUCCCACCGUGCCCCUGAUGGCUGCCAAAGUCUGCCUCGGGACCCUGCACUGGCUGGAGGAGGCGGAGCACUUUGCCACGAUGGUGAUCGAACUUGGAGAGGAAGCUGGCGAGUUCCUCCCCAAGGGCUACCUAGCCCUGGGCCUCACCUACAGCCUGCAGGCCACUGAUGCCACCUUGAAGUCCAGGCAAGAUGAACUGCACUGCAAGGCUCUGCGGACGCUGGAGAGAGCCCAAGAACUGGCACCCGACGACCCCCAGAUCACCCUCUGCGUCUCCCUGCAGCUGGCCCUCGUGAGACAGAUCUCCAGCGCCAUGGAGCAGCUGCAGAAGGCCCUGACCAUGUGCAGGGGUGAUGCCAACGCCCUCCACUUGCUGGCGCUGCUCUUCUCUGCCCAGAAGCACCACCAGCAUGCCCUGGAUGUCAUCGACAUGGCCCUCACAGAGCACCCGGAGAACUUCAACCUGAUGUUCACCAAGGUGAAACUGGAGCAGGCGCUGAAAGGCCCCGACGAUGCCCUGGUGACCUGCAGGCAGAUGCUGCGGCUGUGGCACACCCUGUACAGCUUUGCCCAGUUGCGGGGCCUGGAAAAGGAUGGCAGCUUCAGUGAGGGCCUCAUGGUCAAGAAACAGAGCGGCAUACACCUGACCCUGCCGGAUGCCCAUGAUGCAGAUUCUGGCACCCGGAGGACAUCAUCUAUUGCAGCCUCGCGGCUGGAGGAGGCCAUGUCGGAGCUAACCGUACCCAGUUCCGUCCUGAAGCAGGGCCCCAUGCAGCUGUGGACCACUUUGGAACAGAUCUGGCUCCAAGCUGCUGAGCUGUUCAUGGAGCAGAAACACCUCAAGGAAGCAGGGUUCUGCAUCCAGGAGGCCGCUGGCCUCUUUCCCACUUCUCACUCUGUGCUCUACAUGCGAGGUCGGCUGGCCGAGGUGAAGGGCAGCUUCGAGGAGGCCAAGGAGCUGUACAAGGAGGCACUUGCUGUGAACCCGGAUGGCGUACCCAUCAUGCACAGCCUGGGUCUGAUGCUGAGUCAGCUAGGCCAUAAGAGCCUGGCCCAGAAGGUUCUGCGGGACGCCGUGGAGAGGGAGAGCACGUGCCACGCGGCAUGGCAGGGCCUGGGUGAAGUGUUGCGGGCCCAGGGCCAGAACGAGGCUGCCGUGGAGUGCUUCCUCACCGCCCUGGACUUGGAGGCCAGCAGCCCCGUCCUGCCCUUCACCAUCAUCCCCAGAGAGCUCUGAGAAGCCGCAGCAGUGGGGUGCUGUCGGGCACCGGGGCGCGUGGCAGCAGCAGACAGGGAGAGUGUUGGGGGCGGGGGUAACAGCAGCGGCAUUCAGGUGUGGGAGCUCAGGGAACAGAUCUGUAAUGAACACAGCCUCAGACUGCAGCGCCCCCCACCCCCGGUUCUCCCCGCCAUCCUCCCCUGCAGAGCCAAGCUCCAAGGGAACCAUUUCACCCAGAAGAUUUGCCUACGAAGCAAAUCCCUUGCUUCCAGGACGCACGUUGUGGUCCCUUUAGAUAAAGGUGUGCCUUGGCCUCAAUCCUCACCAGCUCUGACCCCUGGAUCUUCUGGCUUUUAGAAAGACCUGUCUUGAGUCACUGUGCCUCUGAGACCAACUUGUCACAAGCCAGAGAGCUACCUUCUGGUUGAGCCUGGACUUCUUCCUUGCUACCUUGGGACACAGACUGGCUUGAAUGCUUAGUGACUUGGUGACAGAGUCGUAGGGGUGAGAACAUGCUCUUGAGAUAAAAGAAAGGGUAUCAGGCUAUGCUUCCCUGACCCAUGUUGGAAUUCCCAUGUCCUAGAUCUCACUUCCCAUUCUCAGGGUAGUGCAAGCUUCCAGAUUAUUCUUGGACCUUGCCCACAGACAGCCACGUUGAGGGCACAGGAGCCUCUCAUGUCUCUGUGCCACCAAGUGCCUUUUGGAUGUCUGGUGCCUGACCAGACCCACUGAAACACCAGCCCCAACUCUUCCACAUCCAUCCAUUCCCAUCCCCCUGGAAUUAGGCCCCAGCCCCAGAAGGUUCUAUGGCCCCUAUACCAGUGCCCCCCGCUAAGGUACGCCUCAAACAAAACACAGGUCUGACCCAGACAUUUCUAAUGACCUGAGUCAACACAUUCCUUCAAAGCUCUGGGAUUGACCCCCAAACAACCUUACCGUCUUCAACCCAUUUUCCACUUUGCACUUCGGUGGGGGACUCCGUCCUAGCUUUUUAGGGCCUCCUGCUCAGAGCUCCACAGAAGCUGUGGUUGGAAACUGAGGAGGAAGUUGGCCAGCCCUCACCUUUCUGUGCCCGUGGGUCCUGCUGCUGAGCACACCUCCUGCCGCCCCAUGUGCCACUUCCAGCAGGAAGCCAUCCCUGGGGCCUAAUAGCUCUAUUUUUGGGGGGGGGGGAUUUUGAGGUAGGGUCUCACUCUAGCCCAGGCUGACCUGGAAUUAUUCACUAUGGAGUCUCAGGGUGGCCUCGAACUCACGGCGAUCCUCCUACCUCUGCCUCCCG